ACUGGCUGGUGGACAGGAGACACUGCAACCUGAAAUGGCAGAGCCAGGUCCUGACCAUCCGGGAGAAGAUCAACGCGGCCAUCCAGGACAUGCCGGAGAACGAGGAGAUAGCGCAGCUGCUGGCAGGGGCCUACCUGCACUACUUCCACUGCCUGCGGAUCGUGGAGAUCCUCAAGGGCACUGAGGCUUCCACCAAGAACCUCUUUGGACGCUACUCGUCCCAGCGCAUGAAGGACUGGCAGGAGAUCGUGGCCCUCUACGAGAAGGAGAACACCUACCUGGCCGAACUCGCCAGCCUCCUGGUGCGCAGCAUCAGCUACGAGAUCCCGUCGCUGAGGAAGCAGAUCAGCCGGUGCCGCUUCUUCGCCUCCUGCAAGCAGUACGGCAUCACCGGUGACAACGUGCGCCAGGAGCUGCUGGCCUUGGUGAAGGACCUGCCCUCGCUGCUGUCUGAGAUCGGGGCAGGAGCCAGUGCACUGUCCGAGGCCAUCGAGCUGUACCAGGCCUGCGUGGAGUUCGUGUGCGAGAGCUCCUCAGAGCCUGUGGUGCCCCUGCUGCGGUACGUGGGGCAGAAAGGCAACACGACUGUGUACGAGUGGAGGACGGGGCUCCAGCCCCUGCGCGUGGAGCGGCCAGAGGUGGAGGAGGCACCGGAGCCACCGAAGGAGGACGUGAUCGACUGGGGAGACUUCACACUGGAGCCGACCAAGGUGGACGAGGGCGCUGCUGCCGAUGGGGGAGCCCAGGGCGAGGAGAUCGACUGCGAGGAGAUCGACUGGGGGAUCACGGUGGAGCCCAGCCCUCAGGGUGAUGGCAUUGACUGGGGGGACGGUGGAAGCGAGGAGGUGCAGAUCACAGUGCUGGAGGCGGGCACUGAGGUGCCCGAGGGGGUCGCCUGCGGCUCUGACGCCCUCACGCUCCUGGAAAACACCGAGACGCGGAGCCAGUUCAUCGACGAGCUCAUGGAG